GGGGCUAUCGGAAGGGCGGGACCGGCAGACCGUCGUGCGUGAGGCCCUCGCGCGGCGCAGAUGGCUGGGCCGGUUAAGGACCGCGAGGCCUUCCAGAGGCUCAGCUUCUUGUACCAGGCCGCCCACUGUGUCCUUGCACAGGACCCCAUGAACCAGGCGCUGGCGAGGUUUUAUUGUUAUACGGAGAGGACCAUUGCAAAGCGGCUGGUCUUGCGGCGGGACCCCUCGGUGAAGAGGACCCUCUGUCGUGGCUGCUCUUCCCUCCUCAUCCCGGGCCUCACCUGCACCCAGCGCCAGAGACGCUGCAGGGGACAGCGCUGGACGGUACAGACUUGCCUAACAUGCCAACGCAGCCAACGUUUCCUCAAUGAUCCUGAUCAUCUACUCUGGGGAGACCGGCCUGAGGCCCAGCUGGGGAGCCAGGCAGUAAUCUACACAGAACAUGGGACUCGAUCUUACAACCCCAAGAUCAAGAGUCACAUGCUGCUCAGACUGAGCAGGCCAGGUACUUCUCAUUUUUACUUAUAUCAUAAUAAGAUAGUUGUUAAUAUAUGCAAAAUAUAUGGACUCUGAAUAAAGCAGGAAAUCAAAUCCUAGUAUGCAAUGGCUUUCCUUAAUGUUUCUAAACAAUUUAGUAAUUCAAAAUGUGUACCCUUUGUGCUGGGUGUUGUAUAUAAGUGAUGAAUAACUGAAUUCUACUCCUGAAACCAAUAUUGCGCCCUUAAACUAGAAUUUA